ACUGAAAUUUUCUUUUUGAAUUGUACACUUAGAUCUAAAUACACAUCCUGGCAACUGGAUUUCCAUGCUUGCCCUACAUCCGUUUUGUCCUUGAUGCAAUUUGUAAUAGCAACUUAAAAUACAUUUGAUAUUUUCUAAGUUAACAGUAUCAUUGGGGAUUAAAAAUGGGUGACAAAAAUUAUAAUCCAUAUUCUUCAUCGGAUCCAUCGAUGAAUGUUCCAGUUACUACCGGACCAGCUGGAGCUAUUAUGUCACCAUACCUGAACUUUAAUCCAGCAUACAUUGGUCCUAAUGCAGAUUCACAGUUUAUCUUCCCAGAAGGAGCAGCAAGGACGAGGGGCCGUCUAGAAUUGUCGUUUUCACAAAUUGGUGGAUCUGUUUUUGUAGGAGCUGCAGUUGGUGGUGUAAACGGAUUAUAUUCAGGUAUUAAAGAUGUCCAAGCUCGACAGUUGACAGGAGCAAACAGAAGAACACAGUUGUUAAAUUUUGUAACAAAAGGGGGAGCAUCUACAGCACAAACUUUAGGAGUUGUUGCUCUGAUGUACAGUGUUUUUGGUGUUAUCCUGUCUUGGGGUCGAGGUGUUGAUGAUGAAUUAAAUACAGUCACUGCUGCUACUGCAACUGGUUUAUUAUAUAAAAGUUCAGCUGGCUGGAAGAGGUCCUUACGAGGAGGAGGUAUUGGCCUGGGCUUAUCUGCUGUUUAUGUUCUGUUCACAAGUCGAGACAGGAUCAGAGGCUUAAUGGGAAAAUAACUUAUCAUCUAUUCACAUUUAUUCUGCAUUUUUUAUCAAUAUGUGAUGGGUAAAUUAAGACCAAUUUAAGAUAAGGAAUGUGUAAAUAAUUUCCAUAGGAUUAAACAUUUUUACAUCUAAUGGUAUUUUCUCCAGAACAUCACAUUUUAAUUGUGUACAUUUAGUGAAAUAUCACACCUGUAAAGCAUAUGAAAUGUAUUUGUUUGUGUGAAUUGGAGGUCUGAAUCUGUUCAUAAGACGGAAUAUAAUUUAGCUCUCUGAUAAGUACUUCAAGGAACUGGGUUUUAAGAACACAAUUCUAAGUACCCCAUGUAAACAUUUGUGUGAUUUUUCACUUCACUAAAAGUCUGGUUCAUCACAAGACAAAUAUACAGGCCAACAAAUUUGGGCAAAUUUUCAUAUUUUUCUUCUCUUACAGAGAAUGUGAUUGAAAGUAACUACGUUGAUAUGUGUGUAUGUAAGUUGAAUUGGUGUAACUGGUGAGUUUGAACUGGUUAAACCUGUUUUAUUUAAAUUUUGAUUAAAUGAUUUAUAACAAACAAACUCUAGGAGUGUAUUAUUGUUGAAAUGUUUUUUUUUUGUGACUUUUAUUUAAACAAUUGUAAUAUU